AUGGCUGUGCUCAAUCUGCUGAGGAUCGCCGGGCUGGCGGAGCACUUCAGCGUGAUUUGGACCAUGAGCCAGGCUGACGGGUCGGGUAGAGAAAACGGUGCCUUCCAGGAGGACGGAAAGUGGGCGUGCUUCCAGCCGCCAGUCGAGCAGGUGAACAACCACAAGGCGGAUCUGCUCCGCCACGUCGUUGACAACCCCGAGAGGUGGUUUCCUCAGCUGCGUGGCCAGCAGAGAUCGCGCUACGAGGACCUCCUCCAGCUCCGGCGAGAAGGCGUGGUGCUCAUCGACGACGAGAGGGCGAACUUCCGCAGCUACGAGGUGGCCCCAGGCUUCGAGGAGCCCGCGACGGUGUUGCGCUACUGCAAGGUCGCCCGCUACGACGACGAGUACCGGGACUGCGGCCUGCUGAACCAGAUGGGCGGGCUCGGCGCGCACAGCGACUCGGACUACGCGGCGGUCAGGGAUUACCUCGAGGCCCCCUGGGACUACCCCUACCAGGGCCUCCCGGAGGCGGCGGCCCAGGCCCUCGCCCAGGCGGCGGGCGCCGGCCAGGAGGACGGAGGAGGCGGCCAGCGCUUGCAGCGCCAGCUCGGCGCCGCGGAGGAGCGGAAGGAGCCCCGGAAGCGCUCGCUGCGGCCGCCGUGA